AUGGUCAACAGACUCGCAGGCAAAAAUGCCAUAAUCACUGGUGCUGCUGGUGGUGUGGGUCUCGAAGCUAGCAUCCUCAUGCUACAAGAAGGCGCCUCGGUCUUGAUGACGGAUGUCAAUGAUGCCACCCUUCAAAGAGCGUUCGCCAAGGUGAAGCAGGUGGUCCCCAAUCACACGGGAAAUGUCGCGGCCAAAGUCGUGGAUGUGUCAAAAGAGGCUAACAUUGAGGCUGCCGUGAACUCUACUGACGAGUGGGGUGGAGUUGAUGUAAUGUUCAACAAUGCUGGCAUUAUGCACCCCAAAGACGGUGAUGCCGAAGAGUGCCCUGACUCCAUAUGGGAUCUAACUAUGAAUAUCAACGUCAAGGGCGUAUGGUUUGGCUCCAAGCAUGCUGUACGAUCUCUCCGCAAGCACGGCAAGACCAAGGGCAGUAUCAUCAACACGGCUAGCAUGGUUGCUAUUGUCGGCUCUGCUACUCCCCAGGUCGCCUAUACCGCCAGUAAAGGCGCUGUUCUCGCCCUGACCCGCGAACUUGCCAUUGUUCAUGCCCGUGAGGGUUAUCGCUUCAACUCGCUUUGCCCGGCCCCUCUGAACACUCCCAUGCUCCAGGAGUUCCUUGGCGACGACAAGCCCAAGAGGUUUCGCCGUGAGGUCCACUUCCCCACGGGACGUUUCGGGGAGGCUAUUGAGCAAGCACAGGCCGCCGUCUUCCUGGCCUCUGAUGAAAGUAGCUUCGUUAUCGGGCACGACAUGGUCGUCGACGGUGGUCUGACCAAGGCUUAUGUCACACCUGAGGGCUCCGCGAUUGCUGCGCCCAAGAAUCAGGGACACUAG